CUCGUGGACACGGCUCUCACGUCCUCACGGCAAAAACAAAUUUUUUUAUCAUUCGAAAUUCAUUCAUCGCAGUGAUAAUAAAACCGAAUUCAAAUUUCGUUUCAACUAAGUAGAAGUUCCAGCAUAUUUUUCUUUCAAUUUUUCCGUAUAGUAAGCUUUGUUUUGAUGUGAAUAUGAUAUCAGUGGUGCAACUAAUAUGUAAUAAUGCGCGUACCAGAAUUCAUUCAAGGAAACCCCUUCCUUUAUUGAGUCGAAUUCAUCGUGUCCAGUUUUCGGAAGCAAGUUCAGCACCAAGCGAAGAUCCAUCGGAACAAUCUAUAUUACCGCCUGAGAAUGAAGAAAUUAUAAUGUCCGAAGAAGAACUGAUGAAAAAAAGAGAUAUAUCGAGAUUAACUCCCGAACGUCGUGCAAUUGUACAUAAUAAACCUUUGCCGUUCAAUUGUGAUGGCACAAAAUACAAAUUUCAACAAAGUCUAGCUUUUCAGCGUCAUUUAUACGGUAAAUACGGUAGCGGUAUCGGUGUAGAUCCCGCUGUAUGUUUCAUGACGAAAGAAGAAAUGGACGAGUUUCGAGAAUACGAAAAAGUAGCUAGUCCCGAGCAUAUUUUAGAAGUACGCAAACGGAAAUUAGAAGAAUUGGCUGAAGAGAAAAGGCAAUAUAGAAUUCGAGAGGAACACUACGAUAAAAUGAUGGCCUCGAUGGAAGAACAUAAGAAAAAAAUACGUGAAAAGAUUUUGAGUAAAAUCGCUGACGCCGAGGAAGCGAAAAGAAAAAGAGACGCUUUACUGGAAGAAGUUAAACGUCAUUUUGGCUAUACUAUUGAUCCCAAAGAUGAAAAAUUCCAGCUCAUGUUAGAACAGAAAGAAAAAGAACAGAAAAAGUUAAGGAAAGAAUUGAAAAAGAAGAAGAGAGAAGAAUUUUUCAUGGCGAAAUUAGCUUCUUUGGAAAGUGGACCAGAAAAUCCAUCUGAUAAACAAACCAAAGCAUCUAAACAAGAAGAAAAUGCUGCCAGAGAUGAUGAUGAGAAAGAUUCCGACGAUGAGAACGAAAAAGAAAAGUGAUUUAGUUGUACGAAAAUGUUUCUUAAUGUAAAAUAAAACGUAUUGUUUUCAUUACAA